CUCCCCUCCCCCAUCCCCUCCCACCUCCUCGACGUUCCAACAAUGGACAUGGACAUGGACCUUGGGUGGUGCUUGGCCUGCUCUAAGCAGACUCGCGACCAGAAGCCCUACUGCUCCGAAGCCUGUCGAUUGAAGGACACGCAGCCGCCAGAGCCCAUCGUCGAGACUCUGCAAAUCACCUCUCCCCUACCCCCAAAGCUUCUGUCGCUUCCAUCCCCCAACCUCUCGAGACAGUCUUCAGAUCGUCGCAGGUCGAGCGACAAGAACAAGGCCACGCCGGUGCUUACGCCCCUCCUCACACCGCUCCACGACGUCGUGCCCCUCCCAGCCGAUGAGCACCCUCGUGCCCGCGAUCGUCGCGCCUUCUCCUUCCCAGCGUCGUCCGAGAACAACUCGGACUCGGCGCUCCCCUUCGCCCGCAAGGCAAGGGCCGUCAACUCCAACUCGCGCAGCAUCGCUCGCUCCGACGCAAAGUUUGCAAAGUCGACCGGCACAAACACGCCUGCGGUCGAGUCUGCAUUCCUGUCGACUUCGGACAGCGAUAAUGACCAGCUUCGGUCGCCCCAGUCGCCCCCCUUCGCUCCCCUGAGCGCGAAGAAGACGACAAAGACCCGUCGCAACAACCCUCGCAGCCCCCUGGCAUCGCCCCUCGGACUGCACCCUUCGCCCCCGGUCCCAAUGUCGCGUCUUACCUUCACGGAACUCGACCCUGGAGGAAACUCGCGCCCGUCCUCGUCACCUUCGCAGCAGCCCACUGCGCGCCCGUCGCUCGAUGGUCGCCGCACCUCGACCUCGCCCGUCACCCGCCUUGCUUCGUCGUCGUCGCGCAGCCGCGAGGACAUUAUCACCUGGGCACGGGCAGUUGAUCACGACGGGACUGUUGGUCGACGAGCUGGUCGCCGCGCCGACCCCCUCGCUCACCUCACUCCUCCCAGUACUGAGCCCCUCGACAGGCCCAUGUCGUCGACUCCUACUGCUGCUGGCGCAUUCAGCACUCUGGGCAGCAUGACCCUUGGCCCUGUCGUCAAGGCGUUCCGCAGCGUUUCCCUCGCCGUGUCUCCCCAGCCCGAGGAGCAGCCGAACACGCCACAGCCUCUCACGCCGCUGCCAGAGACUCCCUCCGCGCUCGGCCUGCAAUCCGUCCCAGCCCCCGCCACCCUCUCCAUCGUCGACGUGGUCGUCGCCACCCGCCCGACCGAGGCCGACACGUCAUUCUUCGCAAACUGCCCGACCCCGACUCUGUCUACCAACUCGCGGCUCUCCGAGGUACAGGACCCCAUGUAUGGCACCGACUUUGGCGAGACUCUGGAGACUGCCACCGACGACUUUAGCGUCAUUUCGUCUCUUGGCCUCGCACCUCUGAGCCCAAGGGCACAGCCUCAGUCGCCACUGUCGCCGCUUCAGGCCCAGCGCCGCAAGUCGUCACUUGCACUGCGUCCAAUCCAGUCUACCGCGUCUGCUAUUUGGAGCAUCUCGAGCUAUCUCCGCUCAUUCGCACCAUUCACUGCACCAUUUUCGCUGGCGUCGACGUCUCAGCCAGUCAAAGAGGCCGUCACAUCACCGGUCGUUGAGACUGUUCCGCUUGCUCCACCCGCGGCUACGUCACCAGUGCCCACCGCCGGCAGGGCGGAGUCGCCCGAAACCAUAACUGUCGACCCUGCACGCGAGCUUGUGCGCAGUGUACCCAUGGACAUUGUCGUGCCUCCGGGCAGCAAGGCGCAGCUGGCCACUCGUGAGCGCCAGCGCGAGCGUGAGGCCAUUGAGUUCUUGGGCCCUCGGAGCCGCUCCCGCACACGAGUCCAGGCUUCAAGGUCGCCAUCGGUUGAGCGCGCCGCUGCCAAGAAUGCCGCCGAGCUGCCUCGCGUCACGCAAGAGCUGCCGCGUCUCCACCACGACCGCCCCAAGAUCCAUGGCCGCCAGCCGUCUUAUGACGCCGAUGCCAGCGAGCCCGAGGAGGAGCGCGGCCGUGGCCGUGGGCGUGGUCGUUCCCGCGCGCCGGUCGAGGCCGUUGUCGUCACUUCUGUCGCCGUCACCGUCGACGUCACUGUCACCGCCUCCGCCACUGAGCCGACCGAGUCGUCAUCCGAAGAGCGCCGUGGUCGCCGCCGCGACCGUGUCAACGAGUCUCGCGACCGCAGCUGGUCGCCGACGCGCGGCCGUGAGCGCCCUUCUCGCACGCGCGGCGCGCCGCCGCCUGCCCCUGUCAUCCGGGCCUAA